AGACGUCGUUUUCUCAAUUCUAACGAACAUACUUAAACUGAAAACCCUACCAACCAAUAAUUGUGAAUCCAAACUUUCCUUGCAGUCUACUCCUGCACUCGUUUAUUUAUAAUAAUGAUGUAAGCUAUAACUUGAUUACUAUUUUUUUUUUCUGGUCUACCAACUAUGUAACUACAGUAUUGUUACACUAGAAAACAGAAAUAUACGAUAACCCCACACUCACCAGACAAACUGACAGAUCGUCCCACGCUAAUUUCGCCGGGCUUCUUGUUUAUAUUACCAAUGGGAAAAAAAUAAGCAACUGUGCUUAAUGAAAAUUACUAGCUAUUACUAAGGAAAAUAAUAAAAUCACAGUCUAUAUCCUUUGACAUUAAUCAGUCAUUUAGAAGGUAUUUCUACUGAGUUAAGAAUAAAAUUUCAGUAAAUAAAAGAGAUAAGGUUAUGAUAUAGAAACUACAUACAAAACAUGCGUGUGUGUGUGCGCGCGCGCGCCUAUAUAAUAGCUCAUGUUCUUAAUGUAAUAACUCGAACGAGAUAUAACAAAGAGAAUUUAGAAUACCUAGCUAGCUAAAGGCUAGCAAUAUGGGGAAUUGUGGACUAAAGCCAAAAGUAUUGUCGGAAACCGGAGCUCCGGCGCCAGAGGAGCUUGAGAUUUCACAUCUUGAAGAUCAGAAGAUCGACGCUGCGAAAUCUCUUAUCAACUUGUUCCUUCAAGACAAGGCAGAUAAGACUAUGAAAGAGGUCGAGAAGACAACACCGGAAAAUAUACCCGUUACUAAAGAUCUGAAAACAGCUUUGGCUGAUGAUCAGAAGGUUGUGAACGAAGAGGCCGUUCAUGGCCAGAAAGUGAUCGACGAUGCGACUGUGAAAGAAACAGAAACAGAGGCGAAGUCAGAAGCGCAGUGAAAUAAGCUCAAAACUUUUUACAAGCUAGUUUCUGCAUUUGCGGUCUUGGAUCUCAAUACACUUUUCUUUUGUUUAGCUUAUGUUUGUUCCUGUCUUAGAUUCCCAAAUGCAAACGCUUGAUUCAUUUACACGAUUCGUCAAUAAAAAGAUUGUGAAUGAAAGAUGCUUUAAAAAGCUUA